UCAUAGAAUAUCCCAAAAAGUUGCACUCCAACAAAAAAGCGUUACAUUUAUAGUAAGGUUACGAAACAACAAUCGAGUCGCCGCGGCGAUCACCGUAAAAAUUUUCCGAAUAGACUAGCGCUCUGCGUACAUGAGUUACCCACGAACCCCGCCUUCUCAAGAGCAGACUAUACUCGACAAUAUUGCCCACCCUACGCACACGUUUCUGCCGCACGCUGCAGGUGUGCUCGCGGACUGCGCACAAGGCGGGUCUCAUGCACAACAGACUACAUGGAGGGCGGAUCCACUUACUCCUCACACAAGACGAGAAGCACCUGCCAUUUUGUGCAACGCAGUUGGAGAUUGCAACACACGACCGAGCGCGACAACCUGAGGGCGUUAGCAAGUUAGAGACAUGGGGGGCUCUAUUAUACCAGUAGAUGUUUAGUAUGUCAACCAAGCCCUUGAACAAACGACGAUAACGAGAUAAACAUAUUUCCACCCACGUUAUGUUGCCAGAUCAUUAAACACGACGGAGGCGUACGACCGCCCUGGGGCGCGCGUGUUGAAAGGUGUGGAGGGGGCCCCGGGGGUUAGACUCAUAGU